CGCUUUUGACGUAAGAUCACGUGGUGUGGGUGGACAGUCCCCGGAUGGGCUGCCCCGUUGUUUAGAACAGUAGAAGUAGACCCGUGAGUUUGGUGUUCAAACUGUUUUUGGAAAUCCCCCCUCACUGUCACUCGCAGGAAAUCAGGCAGCAUCUCAAGUUGCUGGAGAUCUGCACUAACAUCUGAAAAGUUAGAUCCAGUGAGAGAUUUAUUGGAAGAAAAAUCCCCAACUGGAAGCAAACCACGACCGAAGACGAGGGAACAGCAACAAAUGAACGAGGACUGAGAGCAUCAACUGGAGACUGAGGGAACCCAUCUGACUCGGAGAUUCCAGUGAUUCAGUCAGGAGAAAGCUUGGUUAAAAAUGAAAAGGAAUUUAUCUGUGGGAAUUUCGAACAGGACACGCCAGUUUUGCUGUCUCUGUCCAGAUAUUUAAGAAGUGGAGCAAGGAAUUCACUCGAUCAUCCUUCCUGCUCAGACUGUGGGGAGGGAUUCACUCGAUCAUCCUUCCUGCUCAGACUGUGGGGAGGGAUUCACUCGGCCAUCUGACUGACUGGCACGCCUGUCAUUUUACACAGGGGGAAUCCCAUUCAUCUGCUCAGGCAGUGUGAAUGGAUACAAAUAGUCAUAUCAACUGAAGGUGCCUCAGCAAGUUCACACUGCACAAGGCCAUUCACCUGUUCUGUGGGUGAGAAGGGAUUCAGUUGUUCAUCCCACUUGUGGACACACCGGUUAGUUCACACUGGGCAGAGGCUGGUCAUUUGCUGAACUUGUGGGGAAGGAUUCACUCGGUCAUCUGACCUAAUGGCUCAGCAGAGAGUUCAAACCAGGGAGCAGCCAUUCACCUGCUCGGAUUGUGGGAAGGGAUUCACUUGCUCAUCUAAACUGACAGUACAUCAGAGAGUUCACACUGGGGAGAGGCCGUUCACCUGCUCAGACUGUGGGAAGGGAUUCACUUGCUCAUCCCAACUGAAGGUACAUCAGAGAGUUCACACUGGAGAGAGGCCGUUCACCUGCUCAGUCUGUGGGAAGGGAUUCACUCAGUUAUCUCAUUUGGACGUACAUCAGCGAGUUCACACUGGGGAGAGGCCGUUCAUCUGCUCAGACUGUGGGAAGGGAUUCACUCAGUUAUCUCAUUUGGAGGUACAUCAGCAAGUUCACACUGGGGUGAGGCCAUUCACCUGCUCGGACUGUGGGAAGGGAUUCACUCAGUUAUCUCAUUUGAAAGUACAUCAGCGAGUUCACACUGGAGAGCGGCCAUUCACCUGCUCGGACUGUGGGAAGGGAUUCACACGAUUAUCUCAUUUGGAGGUACAUCAGCGAGUUCACACUGGGGAGAGGCCAUUCACCUGCUCGGAUUGUGGGAAGGGAUUCACUCAGUUAUCUCAUUUGAAAGUACAUCAGCGAGUUCACACUGGGGAGAGGCCGUUCACUUGCUCGGACUGUGGGAAGAGAUUCAGUCAGUUAUCCCACAUACAAGCACACCGGUCAAUUCACACUGGGGAGUGGCCAUUCACCUGCUUAGAAUGUGGGAAAGGAUUCAGUCAGUCAUCCCAACUACUGAGACACCGGUCAGUUCACACUGGGGAGAUGCCGUUCACCUGCUCAUAUUGUGGGAUGGGAUUCACUUUGUCAUCUGAACUGAAGGUACACCAGCGAGUUCACACUGGGGAGAGGCCGUUCACCUGCUCAGAGUGUGGGAUGGGAUUCCCUCGGUCAGCCCAACUGAAGGUACAUCAGCAUGUUCACACUGGGGAGAGGCCGUUCACCUGCUCAGACUGUGGGAAGGGAUUCCCUCGGUCAGCCCAACUGAUGGUACAUCAGAGAGUUCACACUGGGGAGAGGCCGUUCACCUGCUCAGACUGUGGGAAGAGAUUUACUCGGUUAUCCCACAUGCAAGCACACCGGUCAGUUCACACUGGGCACUGGCGAUUCACCUGCUCAGAAUGUGGGAAAGGAUUCACUCAGUCAUCGGACCUCCUGGCACACAAGUCAGUUCACACUGGGGAGAGUCCAUUCACCUGCUCGGACUGUGGCAAGGGAUUCACUUGUUCAUCCCAACUGAAGGUACAUCAGAGAGUUCACACUGGGGAGAGGCCGUUCACCUGCUCAGUCUGUGGGAAGGGAUUCACUUGCUCAUCCCACCUACACAAACAUCAGCGAGUUCACACUGGGCACUGGCGAUUCACCUGCUCAGAAUGUGGGAAGGGAUUCAAUUGGUCAUCCAGCCUACAAGCACACCAGCGAGUUCACACUGGAGAGAGGCCGUUCACCUGCUCAGUCUGUGGGAAGGGAUUCACUUGCUCAUCCCACCUAAAGAAACACCAGCGAGUUCACACUGGAGAGAGGCCGUUCACCUGCUCAGUGUGUGGGAAGGGAUUCACUUGCUCAUCCCACCUAAAGAAACACCAGCGAGUUCACACUGGCUAGAGGCCGUUCAUCUGCUGUAAAUGUGGGAAGAGAUUCACUCAGUCAUCUAACCUUAUGUAACUCCCGCUUAAGCUGACAGCAUAUUAUUGGAGGUGAUCCGGGCCAGACUUCAUUUGAGUGGAUGCUGCGUGAUGUGCCCCCUGUUACGGAUCAGUACCCCAAAAUGAAAAACGGUACAGAAUGUGUGAUCAAACGAUUGAGCUUUAUAAUUCUUACUUUGACUAUAGGGUUAGUGAAGAAAACAAAAAAUAGAAAAAUAGCUCACUCUCUCUAGUCGCAUCUUCUCAUCUCUCCCUGGAUAAAGACCAUGAAAAUCUCUCUUCCAGACUCACAAGAAAGAACAACAUUUCUGUCAUUGGAUAGCCCCCAUUCCAAAACCCUGUUCUUUUCAUCGGGACAAGAAGUGCAGCAUCAGAGCUAAACCCUGAAGGAAGACAGUUUUUAUAAAAAAAACUUUCUUCAGUACAAGAAGGGUGAGACUGCAGAGGCCCGUGUGACGUAGACAGGACAGUGUGGAGAGUUUAAAAAAGAAGACCACCCUAUACAGCAGGCAGCAGAGUGCAGGUCUUUGGCUCAAAGGGUUUAGGCGGUAAUGGGAAGAGGCGAGUGCAAGGCAUCAAUUCUCUUUUUUCCCCUUGAUGAAACGGCCUGGACAGACGAAGGAACAGCAGGGCUCACACAGCUAACAGUAUGAGCUAACGGUUUAAAAAGUUCAUGUGUUUGGCGAGGUAAGUGGUUGGGUAGGCUUAUUUUUCAUUAUUUCAUUCUUGUAGAAUUAAGUAGCAUGUCUACAAGAUUUGUGCUUUGUUCGGGGUGUCAGAUGUGGGAAUCCUGGGAGACCUGCAGCCUCCCUGAUGGCCACAUCUGCACCAGGUGCACCGAGAUGCAGCUCCUCAGAGACCGUGUUAGGGAACUGGAGCUGCAGCUUGAUGACCUACUGCUUAUUAGGGAAAGUGAAGAGGUGAUAGUCAGGAGCUACAGAUAGGUAGUGAUCCCUAGGUUACAGGGGUCAGAAAAUUGUGUGACUGUCAGGAGAGGGAAGGGAAAAUAGUGGAGAGCACCCCUGUGACUGUCCCCCUCAGGAACAAAUAUAUUGUUUUAGACGCUGUUGACGGGGAUGAUCUGACAGGGAAAGGCCACGGUGACCGGGAGUCUGGCACUGUUGUGCAGGACAGAAGGAGGGAGAAGAGUAUUGUGGUAGUCAUAGGGGAUUCCGUAGUGAGGGGAACGGACAGGAGAUUCUGUAACCAUGAUAGAGAUACCCGCUUGGUGGGUUGCCUCCCAGGUACCAGGGUACGGGAUGUCUCGGAUAGGGUCCAAAAUAUCCUGAAGGGAAACGUUGAGCAGCCAUCUGUCUUGGUACAUGUUGGUACCAAUCACAUAGAUAGGAAAAGGGAGGAGGUCCUGAAGAGAGAUUUCUGGGAAUUAGGAAGGAAGCUGAGAAGUAGGACUUCCAGGGUAGUAAUCUCAGGAUUGCUACCUGGGCCACGUGCUAGCGAGGGCAAGAAUAGUAGGAUCAGGCAGAUGAAUGUGUGGCAGAGAGACUGGUGCAGGGGGCAGGGUUUCAGAUUCUUGGAUCAUUGGGAUCUCCUCUGGGGGAAGUAUGACCUUUUGAAAAAGGACGGGUUACACCUGAACCCGAAGGGGACCAAUAUCUUGGCAGGAGAGUUUAAUAGAACUGUUAUAGGGGGUUUAAACUAAUUUGGCAGGGGGUUGGGAACGGGAAUGAUAGAGCAGAGGAGAGGCAAAACAGAAAUAGAUCUAAGAUAGUGAGUAGUAAGGAUGUCAGGAAGGACAGGCAUGGAAUGGGGCAAAUUUUUCAGCCAUUGGGAUGAGUUGCAGUGCAAUAAAGUUGCAGUGAAGUAAAAGCAAAAAGUACCAAAUAAUGGACUUAAGGUGUUUUUUAAAUGCGCACAGUAUUCGGAAUAAGGUGGAUGAUCUUGUCGUACAGCUACAGAUUGGCAGGUAUGAUAUUGUGGCCAUCACUGAGAUGUGGCUAAAGGGUGCAUGUCUCUGGGAGCUGAACGUCCAAGGAUGCGUGGUGUAUUUGAAGGAUAGGCAGGUAGGCAGAGGGGGUGGCGUGGCUUUAUUGAUAAGAAACGAUAUUAAAUCAUUAGAGUUGACAUAGGCUCGGAAGGUGCAGAAACUUUAUGGAUUGAGCUAAGAAAUUGCAGGGGUAAAUGGACCCUGAUGGCAGUUAUAUACAGGCCUCCUAACAGCUGCAGUGAUGUGAACUACAAAUUACUACAGGAAAUAGAAAAGGCUUGCCAGAAGGGCAGUGUUUUGAUAAUUGUAGGGGAUUUUAACAUGCACGUGGAUUGGGAAAAUCAGGUUGGCACUCGAUCUCAAGAGAGAGAAUUUGUAGAAUAUCUACGAGAUUUUUAGAACAGCUUGCUGUUGAGCCCACUAGGAGAUCAGCUGUACUGGAUUGGGUAUUGUGUAAUGAACCAGAGGUGAUUAGAGAGAUUGAGGUGAAGGAACCCUUAGGAGUCAGUGAUCAUAACAAGAUUGAGUUCACUGUGAAAUUUGAGAAAGAGAAGCCGAAAUCUGACGUGGAGGAAGGGCAGUGGCAUGAGAGAGGAACUGGCGAAAGUUGACUGGAAAGGGACACCAGUUGGAAGGACGGCGGAGUAGCAAUGGCUGGAGUUUAUACGGGAGGUGAGGAAGGUGCAAGAUAGAUAUAUUCCAAAAAAAGAAAUUUUCGAGUGGAAAAAGGUUGAAACCAUGGUUGAAAAAAGAAGUAAAAGCCAAAAUAAAAGGAGAGGGCAAUUAAGGAAGAAAAAAUUAGUGGGAAGACAGGAUUGGGAAGUUUUUAAAAGCUUUCAAAAGGAAACUAAGAAGGUCAUUAAGAAGGAAAAGAUAAAUUAUGAAAGGAAGCUAGCAAAUAAUAUCAAAGAGGAUGCUAAAAGCUUUUUCAUGUGUAUUAGGAGUAAAAGACAGGUGAGAGUAGAUAUAGGACCGAUAGAAAAUGAUGCUGGAGAAAUUGUAAUGGGAGAUAAGGACAUGGCAGAGGAACUGAACGAGUAUUUUGCAUCAGUCUUCACCGAGAAAGACAUCAGCUGUAUACCGGGCACUCAAGGGUGUCAGGCAAGAGAAAUAUGCGUAAUCACAAUUACGACAGAGAAAGUACUCAGGAAGCUGAAUAUUCUAAGGGUAGAUAAAUCUCCUGGACCAGAUGGAAUGCAUCCUUGUGUUCUGAAGGAAGUAGCUGUGGAGAUUGCGGAGGCAUUAGCAAUGAUCUUUCAAAAGUCAAGAGAUUCUGCUCUCGUUCCGGAGGACUGGAAGAUUGCAAAUGUCACUCCGCUAUUUAAGAAGGGGGCAAGGAAGCAUAAAGGAAAUUAUAGACCUGUUAGCUUGACAUCAGUGGUUGGGAAGUUGUUGGAGUCGAUUGUCAAGGAUGAGUUUACGGAGUACCUGGAGGCUU